CUACAAAGAACUUGAGGAGAGAAAGAAAGAACAGGAAAUGAGAGAAGAAGAAGACAGGAAGAGAAAACACGAGGAAGAAAAUCAACAACAUGAGUGGAAACAAAAAGUUGAAGCUUUGGAGCAACAAAUAAGAUCAGUGGAAAAGUUAAAGGAAAUCACUGACAGAAAGCUGGAGGAGAGCAGAGAAGAGAUGACAAAAGAACAAGAGAACUGGGAGAGAAAACGAAAAGAAUGGUGGGAGAAACGAUAUGACGAAGAUGAACAGAGACGACAGGAAGAACAAACAAGACUGAAAAAGCUUCAAGAAGAAUAUGAUCAGGAGAGAGAGAGAUAUGAAAAGAAGAGAAAAGAAGAGGACCGACUCAGAAGAGAACAAGAGGAAAAAGAGAGACAGGAAAUCGAGGAACAACAAAGAGCAAAAAUUGAAAAAGAGAGAAAACUGAGAGAAAAGCUACUUCAAGAAAAGGAGGAGAGGAUCAACAAGGAACGUGAGGAGAGAAAGAAAGAACAGGAAAUGAGAGAAGAAGAAGACAGGAAGAGAAAACUUCAGGAAGAAAUUCAACAACAGAAGUGGGAACAAAGAUUUGAAGCUUUGGGGCAUAGAAUGAGAUCAGAUUCAGAAUCGAAGGACAGAAAGCUGGAGGAGAGCAGAGAAGAGAUGAGGAAACAAAGAGAUGACUGGGAGAGAAAACGAAAAGAAUGGUGGGAGAAACGAUAUGAAGAAGAUGAACAGAGACGACAAGCGGAGCAAACAAGACUUCGAAAACUUCAAGACGAAUAUGAUCAGGAGAGAGAGAGAUAUGAAAAUAAGAGAAAAGAAGAGGACCGACUCAGAAGAGAACAAGAGGAAAAAGAGAGAAAGGAAAUCGAAGAACAACGGAGAGCAGAAAUUGAAAAGGAGAGAAAACUGAGAGAAAAACUACUUCAAGAAAAGGAGGAGAGGAUCAACAAGGAACGUGAGGAGAGAAAGCAAGAACAGGAAAUGAGAGAAGAAGAAGGCAGGAAGAGAAAACAAGAGGAGGAAAUUCAACGACAGAAGUGGGAACAAAGAUUUGAAGCUUUGGAGCAAAAAAAGAGAUCAGAGUUAGAAUCAAAGGAAACUAUUGUUCGAAGGCUGGAGGAGAGCAGAGAGGUGAUGAGGAAAGAACGAGAGAACUGGGAGAGAAAACAAAAAGAAUGGUGGGAGAAACGAGAUCAAGAAGAUGAACAGAGACGACAGGAGGAACAAAGAAGACUUAGAAGGCUUCGAGAGGAAUAUGAUCAGGAGAGAGAGAGAGAUGAAAAGAAGAGAAAAGAAGAGGACCGACUCAGAAGAGAACAAGAGGAAGACAUGGAGGAGAACUAUAAGAAGAAAAUGGAGAAUCUGAUGAAGACACAUGAAGAGGAGGCCAGAGAGAAAGCUGAAGAGUUCAAUGAAUUCAAAGAGAAAUACAAGAAGGAAUGUGCAGCUCUAAAGCAGGAGCAUGAGAGACAACUGAAAGACAAAGAGCAGCAGUAUGACCUCUUAAAGGCUCGUUCAGACAGCAAUGAAGAACAACUGAAGAAAAAACAGGAAGACAUUUCUGACUUAGUCAAAUGUGUGACCAGAAGGAGAGAAAAUGUGGGAAUAAUCACUGACUUACUGAAAAAACAGGAACAAGAAAUGAAACAGGUGAGAAAUGAGGAGGAGAAGAAGGAUCUGCAGAAAACACAUGACAGAGAGAUGAGUGACCUGAUACAGACACUUCUGAUACAAGACAACCCGUCAAUCUGUUGGACUUCAUGAGGACUUGUCUCAUAUAAAUGUGACAGCAGAGCAGGUUCAGAUGAUUUUAUUCUGCUGUUAUUUGGUUUCAAUAAUCAAUCAGUCAAUUUUAUUUAUAAAGCCCAAUAUCACAAUUGUGACAUGCAGUACGGCCGAGUUAGCGAGAUGCAGUAACAGGACAUGAGUGUUAGCAAAGGAGAGAGAGA